AUGAUUGAAGGCAGCAAGCGACUUAUUAUCGGAGGGGAAGUCUUCGCCGCUGAUGAGAUCGUCGCCACGGAACCUCCUAAAGUCUCCAUCGGUGGCCACAACGACUAUGUUCUCUUUUUCGUCGACGAAGGCAUAGCUUCUGGGAUCCUGGGGGAGAAGAAUUUUGCACAAGCAAAGGGCCAGAACGAGGACUUGGUCGACCAUAUUCCUCAAGUCAUGGUGGAGAUGCAAGCUUGUGCAAAACGUUUGAAGUCACGGCACAUCCGCGGUACAAUAACCAACGGCAGAGCUUGGAUUUUCUUGUUGCUAGAGCUGAACGACAACUUCGUUGGCGGACGAUAUUGGGCAUCUCAGCGGUACGAGAUCAAGACGAAUUACACCGAUUACGACACACAGACUUUGUCAUUGAGCAUAGCGUAG